UUUAAUCUAUGAUAUAAUAUUAUAAAUCAUUAUCCAGGAAUUACAGUCGUUGUCUAAGAGGUAUCCAAGCGUGAAAAUAUUACGGAUGGAUGCUGAAAAUGAAGAUAGUAUACAAUCCGCCUUUAAAGAAACACGUGACCUGGUCGGUCCACCAGGAUUAAAUGUUUUAGUUAACAACGCUGCCAUCAACUUGAAGAAGGAAUCAAUUAUUGAUAUAAACGCCGAGGAUCUUCUUAAAACUCUUAAAGUAAACGUGGUCGGACCUGCUAUCAUAACAAAGACGUUCCUGCCGUUACUAAAGCAAGCUGCCGGUCAGGGAGACGGGGAAUUAAGCUGGUCACGAGCCGCCAUCUUAAAUAUAUCAAGUAUAUUGGGAUCCAUAGGGAGUAAUGCAGUCGGCACAUACUAUCAGUAUAGGGAAUCAAAGGCAGCAUUAAAUCAGCUGACUAAGAAUCUAUGCAUAGAGCUAUCUCCACAAGGUAUACUUGCCGUUAGCAUACAUCCCGGGUGGGUUCAAACUGACAUGGGCGGGGCCAAUGCUUCACUAACCAAACAGGCUAGCGUUCAAGGAAUGAUUAAUGUCUUUCAAAAAUUGAACAAGGAAAGCGCUGGAAAACUGAUAGCGUAUGACGGCGGUGUUAUUCAGUGGUAAAUGUUGUGUUACAGUGGUAAAUGUUGUGAUGCAGUGGUAAAUGUUGUGUUACAGUGGUAAAUGUUGUGUUACAGUAGUAAAUGUUGUGUUACAGUGGUAAAUGUUGUGCUGCAGUGGUAAAUGUUGUGUUACAGUGGUAAAUGUUGUGUUACAGUGGUAAAUAUUGUAUUGAAGUGGUAAAUGUUGUGCUGAAGUGGUUAAUGUAGUACUUAGUGAUGUGGAUUGUAUCGCCUCAGCUCUCGUUCUCAGUCAUUAUGAUUAUAUUUUAUAAAUAACAAGCGAAGUCACGUGAUACAACAUAUUUUAAAAUGUUUUUGUUACAUUUGAUAUAAUAAAGUUGUUUGAAAAUUA